AUGGCUCCUCCCUCUCGCCCUCGGUCUCCACCGGUCACACAGUCGCACCAGCGCACAGGAUCAAAUGCUUCCCAAGUCUUGCCUUCCACUACCACGCCCCAGACAGGCGCAAGCCGCUUAGCUGCUGCCGCAGCCGCCGGUUCUAAACGCCGGGAAGGGCGCGAGCUCAAAUAUGGCGAGGACGAGCACCCCCUGUCUGAGCAGAACCUCUCAGCUCGAGGUUACCACUCUUUGCACGCCAUGAAGCAUGUCUUCCACGUGCCUAAUCGCUGGAAGCUCUUGCGUGCCCUGGGCCAAGGAGCCUAUGGCCUCGUCGUCUCCGUUCAGGACACCCUAAGUGGAGAGCCCGUCGCAAUCAAGUGCAUCACACGCGUCUUUGACAAGCCCAUCCUCGCACGCCGCGCUCUGCGUGAAAUCACUUUGCUGCGUCACUUUGGGGAACAUGAGAACCUAACCGGGCUUAUCGACCUCGACAAUGUCUGGGACGGUUACAACGAAAUAUACCUCUACAUGGAGCCGAUGGAGGCCGAUUUGCACCAGAUUGUGCGAUCUGGCCAGACCCUCUCGAAUCACCACAUCCAGUUCUUCCUCUAUCAGCUCCUCCGCGGCAUGAAGUACAUUCACACGGCCAACGUUAUCCACCGUGACCUCAAGCCUGGAAACUUGCUCGUCAACUCUGAUUGCGAACUCAAGAUUUGCGAUUUUGGUCUCGCCCGUGGCUUCAAGCCUGUUGGAGAGCAGGUCGAUGAGCUUCGUCUCACAGAGUAUGUGGCCACCCGUUGGUACCGCGCACCGGAAAUCAUGCUCUCAAAUCGCCGUUACACCACCGCCAUUGACGUUUGGUCCAUCGGAUGCAUUUUGGCCGAGCUGCUUGGCGGCAAGCCUGUCUUCAAGGGAAAAGACUACGUUGACCAGCUCAACCUUAUCUUGGGUGUGCUCGGUACCCCCGAUGACGACACGCUCAAGCGCAUGAGCUCUGAAAAGGCGCGUGCAUACCUCAAGACGCUCCCGUAUAGCCCACGUGUGGCUCUCGAAGACGUCUUCCCUGAUGCGGAACAUGAUGCCGUUGACCUGCUGAGCAAGCUUCUCGUCUUUGACCCCGAUGAGCGCAUCGACGUCACGACUGCUCUUCAGCACCCUUAUGUGGGCACUUACCACGACCCCGCAGACGAGCCGUCUUGUCCUGCUGUCUUUGACAAGUGGGAGGAGGUUGAGGGUCUCCAGACCGUCGACGAGCUGCGUGAAGCCAUCACCCGCGAGAUCGCCGAGUACCGCGCUGAGGUCCGUGGGUUGGCGGAGCUCGCCGACGGCUUUGAUGACGAGUACGAAUAUGACGAGGACGAGCUCGAGGCGGAUGGCGAGCUGUACGAGGACGAGGUCGAGGAGCUCGUGCAGGAGCCUGAGAUUGACGAGUCGGUCGAGGCCGUUGCUGUGCCGCAGACACGGUUUGCCGACUCGCAACGGGAAGACUUGGGUAUUCAGCCCGCACUCUCACCCAACGCCUCCCCUCGUGUGCGCCGCGUCACUCUACCGAACCAGAGGAGAGUUUCUCGGCGCGACGAGUCGCCUGCCACGCCUGUCACGAACGUGUCAGAGGAGUCCUUCGGUCACACCCCUGGCGCGGGUGCUCGCCCGACCCACUCGCGCCGCUCCUCGACUCAGUCCACGCAGUCGGUCACGCACCGGCGGUCCAUGAGCUUCCUCUUUGGCGGUGUGGGAGGCAUGACUUCGCUGUCCAUGUCUUCGACGAAGGGUGCUGCGGGAGGCAACGCCGUCGACGACACGGCCGUCUCCAGCGCCGAGUACACUGCGAACAGCAUGCGGCGCAGCCGCGCCCCGAGCUCGACGGUCGACGCGCUCCGCCCGCUCAUCAGGCAGCUAAGCGCGAGCAAUCUCGCCGACAUGCGCAUCAACACGGACGACCAGCCGCUGCACUCGGACAAGUCGCCGCGGCCGGGCAUGAUGAUCUCGCGCCGCAGCUCGCGCGGCUCGCGCUCGGACCGCUCCCGGCGGCCCUCGAGCGUGUGUCUCGCGACCGAGACUGCGUCGUGGCGGCAAGAGGCUCGGGAAGAGCACGAGCACGCGACCGAGGAUGCGGACGAGACGGCGACGGAGCAGCCGCCGCCCACAGAGGACACGGCCGUGGGGACCCCGAGCAUUAAUUAG